UUAUUCAUUUUUACAACGCCAGUACAUUAUGCUAGUACAGUGCUAGUCAUUGCCCACGCUGAAUGUUAACGUGGUACAGUGACUUUGCCUAUCUUUCAAUUCCGGGUUUUAGGAUUUUUUUCAGGCAGACAUUCUCCUCAACUUGCUCGAAAGGAUUGAAAUGUUACAGUUUAGGUUUUCGGCAGUGCUGAAGGAGUUGUUUCAAUCCAACCUAAAGCGCCCUUUGACAGGUAUUACAAGAAAUAAAACGUCGUUACCAAUCCACUACUGCUCCAGCAACGCCUCUCUUGAUGUCCAAGUCAGCUUCAAAUUGAAGCUUCUCCAUGCCGGUGUCCACCGCCCUUUGCUUUGCGCCACACCUGGGACCCGGACCUACUGCACGAAGACCGAAGGUGCUGCUAUACCUGUGACUGAAAGUGCUAUACCGGUGACCGACCAGGAGAAGAAAGAUGAGACUGCCAAAGAAGCAGCGGCGGAGAAGAGAAGGAAGGCAGGCAUCCUGCCCAGUCUGGAGGACCUGCUCUUCUACACCAUCGCAGAGGGCCAGGAGAAGAUCCCGGUCCACAAAUUUCUCACAGCACUAAAGGCCACGGGACUACGCACAGGAGAUCCCCGGCUGAAGGAAUGCAUGGACACCCUUAAAGUCACCCUGAAGAACACCUCGGACGGAGUCAUGCUGGACAGAGACCUCUUCAAGAAAUGUGUCCAGAGCAACAUAGUCUUGCUCACCCAGGCCUUCCGCAAGAAGUUUGUCAUCCCCGACUUCCAGUCCUUCUCUUCUCACAUCGACGAGCUCUACGAGAGUGCCAAAAAUCUGACCGAAGGCCAGGUUGGUAAUCAGCCCAUCCUGGGGGAGGUUGCAGACUACAUCCCCCAGCUUGCCAAAUUUAGCCCAGACCUGUGGGCCGUGUCUCUGUGUACUGUGGAUGGACAAAGACACACGGUAGGCGACACCAAGGUCCCCUUCUGCUUGCAGUCGUGUGUGAAGCCGCUGAAGUACGCCAUCGCGGUGCACGACCACGGCACCGAGUACGUGCACCGCUUCAUCGGGAAGGAGCCCAGCGGCCUGCGCUUCAACAAGCUCUUCCUGGACGAGGACGAUAAGCCUCACAACCCCAUGGUGAACGCCGGCGCUAUUGUUUGCACCUCAUUGAUAAAGCAGGGAGCGAGCAAUGCUGAGAAGUUUGACUAUGUCAUGAACUUCCUGAAUAAGAUGGCAGGAAAUGAGUAUGUAGGCUUCAGCAAUGCCACAUUCCAGUCGGAGCGCGAGUCAGGAGACCGGAAUUUCGCUAUCGGCUACUACCUGAAAGAAAAGAAGUGUUUUCCUGAGGGGACAGACAUGACGUCCAUUCUGGAUUUCUACUUCCAGCUAUGCUCCAUCGAGGUGACCUGCGAGAGCGCCAGCGUCAUGGCGGCCACCCUGGCCAACGGCGGCUUCUGUCCAAUCACGGGCGAGCGCGUGCUGAGCCCGGAGGCAGUGCGUGACACGCUGAGCCUCAUGCACUCCUGCGGCAUGUACGACUUCUCUGGCCAGUUCGCCUUCCACGUGGGCUUGCCAGCCAAGUCGGGCGUGGCAGGGGGCAUCCUUCUGGUGGUGCCCAACGUUAUGGGCAUCAUGUGCUGGUCUCCUCCACUGGACAAGCUGGGCAACAGUGUCAGAGGCAUUCAAUUCUGCACGGACCUGGUGUCUCUCUUUAACUUCCACAACUACGACAACCUGAGGCACUUUGCCAAGAAGCACGAUCCUCGCAGGGAGGGAGGUGACCAGAGGCAGUUUACCUUCGGACCAAUGGAUUACGAGAGCCUUCAGCAAGAGCUAGCUCUCAAAGACUCUCUGUGGAAAAAGGUGGUGCCCACUGAUUGCCACGAGGACAGCUCCACCACUGUAGUCUAUAGGAUGGAGAGUGUCGGGGAGCGCAACUAGGACCCCCUCUCUCCUCCCUACCUUCUCCUGUCCCCUUUCUACACCCAUAUAUGACUUCAUAUAUUUAUAUAAAUUAUCAAGAGGAUUAUUUAUUUCUAUAAGUUUUAUUAUUAUUUUUUUUACAUAAUGUAAUGUCACAUUAUGUACGGGUGAUGAAUGAUAAUUGAUUCUACCUAAGUUACUGUACUUUUUUUCCCUCUUUUUUUUCCUGUGUGUCCGUGGCUGCAAUCCAAACACUUAACAGACACACCCUCAGCCCUCAAAUGAAGUGGACACUUUUGAUGAUAUAUCAUGACAUCUGACGAGUUGACACUUGCAGGGCGAGGGAGGAAGGAAUGAUUUUUAAAUGAGUCGCCCUUGCCCGGAAAUUCGUCACUUGUUCAUCUCGCAACGAUUGUGUUUUCAUUCACCAGUAGCGUGUGGGUGCUUUAUAUGCGCUACAGUCGAUUAUGAUUGCAUGUCUACUUAUAUUAACUACAUAAUUAUUCAUAUAUGCCUACUGUAUCAUAGCUAGAAAAAGAAUUAGCUAACUAACGUUAGCCUCUCUAGCUGGAACUUCUGAAGACGGGGAAUGUUUUAUUUCUACAAUUUCCAAAAGCUAACCAAACAAAAACAUCAUUACUUUUACGAGACGUGUUUGUGUAGCACAAUUUGUAACUUCUUUACAUUUGUUUUUACUUACACUUGUAUGUUGACUCCAUAUUGACGUUGAGGUUUUAAGUUUUGGUGGACUGUACAUCCGCUAAGAAAAAUCAUCGCAAAUUGAAUUAUGGGGUGUUUCAGGCCCCGAAGCGAACAUAAUUGUACCCUCGCAAACUCUAUUAAAAACGAGGGCUGAGGGGCUUGCGUUGCACACUUCCCUUGCUUGGCUAAUCAUUUGGACCAACGACAAAUAUGGCUGUGGGGAUUCCCCCUAGGGAAUAAGGCGAGGGUAAGUGGACGAGGGUGUGUCUUUUAUGAGUUUGAAAUGCAUCUCUUGUGUUUUUGGGGUCCCUGCAGAGCUGAGGGAAGCCCUUCUGGCUGCCUGUCUAGAAUGUCAGACUUUAGGGGCCUGAAGGGAUUGCCUGGCUCAGAUUGAGGCUUUGCAAGUAGACUUGAUCCAUUAUUUCAUGUGUGCUUCAAUAUCUACUGACAGGUUUGAAGUCCUGUAUCUGUUGAACAUGCCAGUGUGGGUAUUAGGCCCAUUGUAAUGUGUUUGUUAACUCCCUCGCUUUGGUUUUUCUCAAACCAAAAGCCAAGGGAAGAUGUGGAGUGUUGUGCUUUGAAACACAUAAAUACAAUGCAUCUCAUUAUAUUUAUAUGCGUUGACAGGCUCUUAAGGUUACUACAAGCUUAACUCUGUUGAUCUGUGUGUGUGUGUGUGUGCGCAGGUGGGUGAAGUGGGAUUGGUAACAGGGUAUCCUUGCCAGUCCCUCGUGUUUUUUUGUUGGUUUUUGGGGGGGGGGGUUUGGUCUUCAUUUUUUGAAAACAAGGAACAGUAGCCUUCCUUUGCUUAUAGUAGUAGGCUGGCUUUUAACCUGGCGAAAAACAUAGCAAGCUAGCUAGUCUUUUUUAGCUCUCCACAUCUCCAUGUGAAAUAAUCAGAUUGAUCAUUUAGAAAUAUUCUUCUACUUGCUGGUGUAACCUAAAACAUUAUCCCAGUUUGAUAUACUGCUUGUGUAUUCAUUCCCAUAUCAGUUAAAAAUAGAACAGCAUUUAUUUUUUUGUUGUAAAAAAAAAACACAUGGCUAGCAAGUUGGCUACAGCAGGUUAUACCAUUUCACAGUAGCCUGGAAUCACUAGUUACUAUUUCUAAAUAAAAUAAUGUUUUGGGUGGAUUCAGUUGCGGAGAUUAUGUUUGGUUAUCAAUGCAAAAUAGUCUACUUUGAUGAAUUGCCUGCAUAUAUAUAUCAGAUCAAGGAACCAAGCAAUAAUACUGCCCCCACGGCUGCAGAAAUAAUGAUACUGCAUGUCUCAAUUUUCAGGUAGUAAAACGGUACGCCGAAUGCCAGAGCUUUUUUACAAGGAACCGCCCCUUUUUUGUGAUGAAAAACGACAUUGCAACACCGAUAUUUGCGUCUGCAUAGAGCUUAUAGUAUGCUUUUAGAAGAGCAAACUGAGAUUAUAAUGAUAAGGCACUUAUCGUCUCCGUGUCACGCCUGAUAUCAGUCGGACCAUUCUAACUUGCAUACCAGUGCUUUACCUUUCACAUACCAGCAACAGAUCUCACAUGAGCCGAUUUCUCAACUGCUGUUGAGUGGACCGAAGCUUUUCAUCAAGGACGUAAAAGGUGACUCAUUCCACCCCCUUUUGUGUGUGUGUGUGUGUGUGCACCUUUUUUGUAUUUGAGUGGUGCAUGCACACGUGUGUGUGUGCCAUGUUCAUCUAAGCUGUGACGCAUGCUGAGGGGACCUUGACCCUGGCUCUGACAGACCGACAAGACACAGCACAAACCUUUAGUUUUCAUGACAUAGCCUAGUAGAAUCCUGCUGGAUCUAUUCCAUUGGCAGUUGCAGUAUGCAUAUGUCAGAUGGCAUAUCGUGGUUCUAUAGGUCAUACGUAUAUGUAUUGUAUAAGUCAGUAUACCAUUGAGAGAAAGUGUGAUCACACAUUGUUACCAAUUUUAUAUUUAAUCCGUAUUAUUACUGUGAAUUACGUUUAGCUACCCUUAAAGAGGAAGGGGAAACCAGUUCCUCUUAUCUAUACUGUAGCUUAAGAAUACUCCUCUUAUCUAUACUGUAGCUUAAGAAUACUCCUCUUAUCUAUACUGUAGCUUAAGAAUACAUCAUGUUUAUUUCCAAUAUGCACUGUACAGUAUCUACAGUUUUCCCAAAGACUGUAUUUGCCUGUUGUGUGUUUUGGGGGGGAUUGUUAUCUUGCAGUAAUCUUGAUGAAACUCAACAGCAGCGCAGAACGGCAAGGGAAUCCACUUACUUCACAAACGUUGGCCACAUUUGCACAUGUACGUCAACCAACACCGUGGGUGUCCUGCUGCUGGGGCUGUUUUUCUUGUUCAAUGUUGUUAUCCAAUCAUUCUUGAAACUGGACUGUUGAAUUGGUAUACACUGUAGUUGUAGUAGCCCUUUGUUACCCAUGACUUCGUCAUGAAUGUGCUCUUCUUCUCGUGGGACCCAUAUAAGUCUAUGGGUCCCAUACCGGCCAAGGUUGGGGUCAAUUUGAAUUGAAGUCAAAUCAGGAAGUGAUUUAAAUGUCAAAUUCAUAAAUGGAAAGAAUUUUGAGAUACAUGGCUUCUCCCUUUCAGUUUGUUGACAAAUUAUUGAACACAGAUGCCCUGUUUUUCAAUGAUUGAAUUUGAAUUUAUUCAUUGAAUUGGAAUUCCUGAAUUGGUUGACUUGAACCCACCCUAUCCCAUGUACUUUUAGUUCGUUUUUAGCUUAUUUUAGUAUCAGACUUUUACUUAAAAUAUAUUUUUGUUGUUUUGUCAUGUCAAUAUGCUUGGACUUCAUUUAAAAUUGUGAUUUGGAACUAGGACUACUAUUUCACAAAGGAUGUUUUUUUUUUUAAGUGUAGGCCUUUAGAUGUCAUUCAGUGUGUGGUGCAAAGCAUUCACAAGUCUCUGCCACUGUGGAGUGAAGCUAGCUGUAACUAGCCUAGCAGCUAACGUUAACUUGCUUGCUAAUGCUAAUUUACCAAAUAAUCAGUUCUGUUAAAUCGAUUCUAUUUAUUUGUACUGAAAUUGUAUCAUUUUUUUUCUUCUGCUACUCGUGUGUUCUGAAACACGUUUGAGUGUGUUUUCUAAUGUCUUGCCCAUGUUGACAUAAUAUGGAGAAUGCAGGGGCUGAAAGCUUGCAAGACUUAGGAGUUAGGAUGACGUUAGAGGAUACAGGAGGAAGUUAUGGGGCUUACUGAACUUUUCUACUCUACUGCAAAAUGUGACUAAUAACCCCAAUCAAAUUUUACACAAGGGUUUUUUUGAAUGCCGUACCAGUAUUUUCAUUACAAUUUAUGAUUUCACAGCAACAUGUUUAAUGUUUCCCACAAUGUCAUUAUUUUACUUUCUUUCGAAUGGCAUAUUUUUGUAUGAUUUAAUAAAUGUGUUUGAAUCCCACCUUGAUAUUUUAAAGUUCAUUUUAGUCCUUGUAUUUUUUUUCAUUUUUUCAUUUUUCUGUUUCAUUCCAUAUCUGUGCCUUGGAGAAAACAGCUGUAGCCCUCAAAGUUCUCGUGAGCUCCUCAGAUCUUAACCUGAUCUACCUGGAGUGUUGAUUUAUUACCAAAACCAGUUUGAGUUAGUGUCUUGGGCAUAAAAGGGUGUUGCUUUCUCCUCAUAGUAAAGACACUGACUCUUGGUUUGGAUGAAUACACUAGGUAUUUGUCUUGUACAACUUUGUAGUUCUACAAGAGGCCAGUAUUGCAAAUACUAGCAAAGAGCUUCAGUAGUUGUAAUGCUAGAAGUGUGUUGCAAUGACAGGUGAAGUACCUGUUGAAAUCAUGUUGCCAUGUUAUAAACCAAUAAAGUACUAUAUCCAACAAA